CUUACCUUCACUGACAUCUGUCACGUCAAUUGGCGAAAUUACUUCACGUGAACCAUCGGAAGGAAAUUAUUAAAAAUUUACAGACGGCUAUUCAGUUCGUCAAAAUUCUAUUGCAAUGAGCGAUAACGAAAAGGAAGAAGCUGCCAAUUUGAAAGAAGAAUUCGAAUGGGUUCUUCGAGAGGAGGUUCACUCGAUCUUGCAUCAGCUACACUCGGUUUUAGUCGGUUGCGCUCACAGAUUUCCUGUCCCUCUGUAUGGGAAUGAGGGCCAGAAACAAGACAAAUUUAUCCUGACCUCGCAGCCUGAACAGCUGAAAUGCAUUGUAACACUUACUGGCGACAGCAUAACUCAUGCAUCUUGUUUCUCCCACCAGGACAUAAGUUUCAAGGUGCUCCGGCAAAUGCACACAAUAUGCCGCACAUCAAUCAACCAGGACGGGCCGUGGAAGCUUCAGCAGAUCCAGGAUGCAGCCAACCACUUGCAGCAAGCCAUCGGCUAUAUUGACAAUGUGGACAAACAUUAUAUAUUCAGGUCAUCAGAUGAAGUACUACAUAUAAUACAAUGCCUGAUUGGUUCCCUUCAAAGGGCGCGCACAGCACUAGUCCUGCCAAAAAAGAAAGCCAUUGAUGAACUAAUGAAAAGUCGAAAUAUGAAAGCCCUAUCACCAAACCUACCCGAAGACCUCGCAAUAUCAUUCUACAUCCAGUCCCACAAGCUGAUAUUCGUGGCCUACCAGCUCAGCUCGGUCCACGGCACUAUGCGUAUCGACUCGUGCCAGGCGGACUGCGCCGUUCCGUGGCUUAGUGAUGUCUUGUUCAUGCUGACGGCUGCGCUACACAUGUGUCAGCAGCUUAAGGAUAAGGUGAGGAGGGAUAGUAGUCCCGACUGCACGGAUUGGCCUGAUCUUGGAAGCUUUGUUUGUGCUACUGUUGAUUAUGAUGACUAACCCUUUAAACAUAAUGUCGAUAUAUAAUUCGCGAUUUCUAACUUGAUAACUGUUGUAAGUCAACCAAGGUAAUUGCGUCCAUAGUGGAAACUAGAUUACUAGAGAAUAGACUAGAUUCUAGUUUCACUAGAAUUAGAAAUGCAUAGAAUUUGUUGUAAUUUUACUGUGAACGGUGCUUGUAAUUAAAAAUACCGGAUUGGUUCUUAUGGACGCAAUAACCCUGGUUGACCUUAAUUUAACGAUAUUUUACAUUUAUAUGGUACACACACUAUUUUAUAGUAUUUUUAUUUUAUUUUAUAGUGAUAAUAAAAUAUAACCAAUAAUUUAUAAUAGA